AUGAAAUGGCCAAGGAAGCUAUUUGACAAAAUAACUAGUAUCGAUAGACCAGUCAAGAUAACUUUAAAUAUCAUGACUAUUGAAGACCAUAACUUAACUAAUUCUGAAGCUAAGAAUCUACAGGAUGCAUUAAAGGAUAUACUGCAAGGUGAGAAGCAGGCAAGUGAGAUGGAACAAAAACUGGAUCAAGUUGAAAAGAACUUAGACAUGCUAUUAAAACAAUUAGAGUCUUUUGAAGACGCUCGUUUGCAGAAUGGGAAAAGUGAGAAGGACGAGCAAAAAUAA